GGCUGAAUUAUCUGAGCUGGAGGUGGAUAAGCUGAGUAAGAUCAGCUCUGACCAGCUGGAGAAAACCAGGCUUAUCCUGGAGUACGGAAGCAGGGUAGGAAAUACUAUCCAAACCCUGGAGAAGGAUAUUAUGGAUCUAGUGAUAUACCUGGAUAAUCAUGGUCGUGAGAGAACCUCAGCGGUUAGUCUCUCAAGAGCUCUGGCCCAAGCUUCAGAUAUCUUGGCUGGAAUUAAAGAGAUAGAUUUUACAGAAACUGAUAUACGAUCUAGAACUGAACUUAGCGAAGCCAGGAUCUUGUAUGAUAAGGUUCAGCUUCUUAUAUUUGGGAAGAUUGAGCUGAGUUCAAUCCAGGAGAAGGUUGACACAGUUGACAGUCUUGUGAAUGAUCUGCUUCAGUAUAUAAAUCAAGGGAUGAGCUCGGUAAAUCAAGCAACUCAAUGGAAUCAAAAUAAUCAAAAUAAAAUCAAGGAAGUGGAUUCAAAAUGUCGAGCAACAGCGGAACUAAAAUCCAAUUCUAGUCAAGCAUUGACGAACGGAAGACAGCUGGUUGAGGAAGGACGAACCAUCCUUGAUUCGUCUAUGAAGCAUUACAAUGAACUAACAAAUAUCCAGGGUAGGUUCUUAAACAGAGAGAAGGCACUAGAGGAGAGAGAAAUAGGAUUAUCCAGGGUGGUGGAGGACUACAGGACUAGGUUUAAUCUCCCAUGUCAAGCUAACGCGGAGAAACUGUUUGCAUUUGCUCAGAGACUUGAACGCAUGUUUGACAAAAGAGUUGGGGUGAAUGCCGACCAGGCACUUCAAGCUGCUAACUCCUACAAGAAGAUUAUUGACGCUCUUCAAAAUGCCAGGAUAGCAGCUAGAGAAGCUCUAGAAGCUUCUAUUACUACAUUUAAGGAGGUUGACCCCCCUGGACGGAUGAACCUGAGAUUUAGAACGGAAAAGGCCCGACUCCGCUCUGAGGAUCUCAGGCAGGAAGCUCAUGGUCUCGGGAAGAAUGCUGAUGAUAUGGGAAUACAGAUAAACAGCUUGAAACUGGAACUAGAAAAGAAUAAGUUUGAUUUGGAACAGACGGGUCAGCUUGUCGCAGAUAUAGGACAGGAGUUGAAGCAGCAUGAUUAUGUAUCAAGUUAUAAGAAGAACUAUUUGCUUUGUGAUGAGAGUACAGGAGGUGAAUGUCUCCGAUCAUAUGAUGUUGGAUUAUCUCCAUCCACCCAUAACGAGAUCAGUAUCAUCUACGGGAUCGAAACCGAGGAUCGAGAUGCUCUUCUAGCAUUCCUUCCUACUGGGAAGAGAACAGAACAGGGAGGAUUUAAUUUCAUAGCGCUAGAGAUGAUUGAUCGUAGGAUUAGAUUUGUUUGGAACCUGGGUUCAGGUACACAAUCAAUCACACACAAUGUUGUUAUUGAGAGUGCAGUACGGUUAGAUCGGCAGGAUACACUGUGGUACAAGAUUACAGCUGAGAGGAUUGGGAAUAUCGGUAGGUUAAAUGUUCGAAAAAUUCGACCAAAGUACGAUCUACCUGAGUACCAUCAAUGGGUUGUGGGAGAAAGCCCUGCCUCCUCGAAUAUUCUGGCUGUUCAUGAGACGGAUAAGCUGUGGGUUGGUGGUGCACCCAACUACUAUAAAACAGCUGAUCUGAAAUCUGGCGGGAAAUUCAACGGAGUGAUUUAUCAGCUGAUGGUGAACAAGAACAGGAUUGGGCUCUGGGAUUUCUCUUCGAACUUUGGAUGCAAGGAAACCUAUCCAGGAGUAACUGAUAUAGUUAACCAACAUUCAUGUCACUCAUUCUCUGGCUCAGGUUACGCAACUCAGGAUCAAAUACGCAAUUACGAUCCAAGAUAUUACGCAAUAUCCUUGGAGUUUAAAACUUUUGAUGAGAAUGCUCUACUGCUGAUGGUGGUUAACCAUGAAAACCAACAGAAUAUGUUGAUCCAACUCCAAGAAGGGAUGGUCAAAUUCAUCAUAGAUUAUGGAGACAAUGUUAAGUUGGAGUUUUCAACUAAAAAUACGUACAAUAGUGGGCAGUGGGUAAAAAUCGAGGCUGGGAGGGCAUACAGGAAGGGGGUAGAGACAGGGGUGCUCAGGGUUACUCAUAGCGGGGUCAGAGAAGAUUUAAUGGAUACACUUCCAUCAUUAAAGGUUCGUGAACUUGAGAUGGGAGGAUCUAAACUGUAUUUUGGAGGUGUUCCUCCUGAUUUUCCAUACAAUAAAUUCCCUAAUAUGGUCACCAGAGCUUUACUUGGGAAUAUGAGAGGGAUAACCACAUCUAAUCCAGGAUCCAACAGCUUGAUGAAUCCCUUGUAUACAGAGCAAGGACGGAUGAAUCCCUACUACGGAGUGGAUCACUAUUGUGAACACAAGAUCCUGAAAUCUGUUCUAUGCCGGGGUCAGGGACAUAUUGAGGUCAAAUCUCAACCCUUGAGACGAAACAGCAGCUUUGGAUUCACUUUUAAGACAAAACAGGGAAAUGGUGUGAUUCUUCUCUCUACCUUCCUUGGACAGCCGAGCGGGAGCAUUGCGGAUUUCUACUCCAUCUCUCUAGUUGAUGGGCGCAUCCAUCUUGCUUUUGGGAACAGUGCUGCAGACAUUACAAGGUUUACCACUGAUGGCAUUUACAGUGAUGGCUUCAGCCAUUCUCUUUUUGUCAAUAAACAAGCAAAUAAGGUAAGUGUAUAUGUUGAUGAUGCCCGGGUGGAUAGAGGAGAAAUUCUGCUUGAUCCUUCAGCAGUUAAUAUCAAGGCUCCGGCAAUGGGAGGACUAUUCUUGGGUGGAGUUCCUUCCAUCAUUUCAGAUCAAGUUCUAUCCUUGAAUAUGUUACCGACGUCGGACAAUUUUGUCGGAGUAAUUCGAGAUUUUGCUUUCAUCGACGAGGUUUCUGUUCGUAUUGUUGCGAUGAAUGAACCAGUUUCUUUCUUCAAUGUAGCAAUCGGUAGAGGGGCUUGAGACACAUUUGUUAAACUUUUAAACUUAUGAUAACAGAUAAAUUUUGCAACUUUUUAUAUUAUUCAAUAAAUAUUUAGCUCUUUUAUAUCUUUUUAUUUGACUAUUAUUGUCUGAUUGUGGAUUUGAUGGAGUAAUCUUUGUGAAUCAAAUUCAGGUCUGUAAACGAAAUGCCUUUGUCAAUUCAAUUUACUCCAUUUUAAAAGAGGGUCUACCCUAUUCCCAACGGUACCCUUGAAACUUUUAUCUUAAAGUUUAUUUCUAACAAUUUCGCCAUUGUCUUUUAUGCAGCAGAAAUGCCCAAGCCAUUUUUGUAGAAAACCUAGACGAUUGAAAUCAAUUUUCAAAGAGAAAAUGGAUAUCUCAUUCAUUCGUUAUCAGAUAAUUCUUUCAAUAUCAUCAUUUUAACAUUUGAAGGCUAGGGACAAUCAUUAAAGACAGCCAUUACUGUGAUUUAAUGGACUCAAGCUCUCAAGCAAAAAUCGACGAGAAUGUUGCCAAUUACUACUUUAAAACCUAAACUAACAACAAGUAGUUUAUAGUGCUAAAAUGUACAUGAGAAUGAACAGAACAGAAAGUAAAAGAGAGUUAGAAUGGGAAAAUCAAAGUCCAAGGCGUUGCAACACUUUAAAGUCGACCCUGUCUUAAAUAUUGAUUAGCCAUUUUAUGAGCAGGCUGAUUUUUCUUCCUACAAAUAAGUGUAUGUUUGAUAAAACUUAAAAUGUAUUUAUAAUUCUAAUAUUUUG